GUGUGAUUGGUUGGGACGCUGACAAGUUGACUGGGGUUUAUCUCUGUGAGCUGUGUCACACUGGAGCGAUUGAGAAACUCUCUUCUAUGUGACAGAAGGAUAAGCACUUUACCUUGUGGGGCAGAGGACAUAUUCUUAUGGUUGAUGCCUGCUGACAGGACAUGAUGGAGAGACAGCCACUGCUCAGGAGCUGGUGUGCCAACCCUGAUUUUGGCUCCCAAGAGGGAGUUGAUGUAGGCGAACCAGCUCCAGAAGUUGAUAACCUUCACAUAAAACAAGCAGUGGUAUUUAUCGAGGAUGCAAUCCAGUACCGUUCCAUAGACCACCGUGUUGAUGCUCGUUCCUUGCAGCUGUACCGAUGGUAUUACUCAGAAGGCUGCCAAUGGCUUUUGAAUGUGACUAUAUUUGUGAAUUUGGCUUUAGCCUUUAUAGAAAAGCCUUCUUCCCUGUCUAGUACUUCGGAUGUGCGUUAUCGCGGAUCUGAUUGGCAGCCUCCCUGUGGUCUGACAGAGAGUUUGGAAUUUGUGACUUUUCUUCUCUUUAUUGCAGAUGUCUCUGUGAAGAGUUACCUAGUUGGUUGGAAUGAAUUUGUGAAAAGCAAAUGGUUGGUUGGUUACAUCCUGGUAAUUGCAUUCUCCCUUGCAGAUUGGUCAGUGUCAGUGGUUUUAAUGUGUGAAGAGGGACUAAGAUUGAGGCGUCUUCUCCGACCUUUCUUCCUUCUCCAGAAUUCAUCUCUAAUGAAAAAGACUCUAAAAUGCAUCCGAAGAACGCUGCCAGAAAUGGCCAGUGUGAUGCUUCUGCUGGCCUUGCACCUCUGCCUCUUUACCAUGUUUGGUAUGCUGCUGUUUGCCCACUCAAAGGACUCUAAAUUGGACCAGGAAUGGUCGAGAUAUUUCCGUAACCUGCCAGACUCAUUGACCUCACUGUUAGUGCUCCUGACAACUGCAAAUAACCCAGAUGUGAUGAUUCCGGCAUAUUCAGUACACAGAGCAUAUUCGCUGUUCUUCAUUUUCUUCACGUUUAUAGGAAGCUUCAUUCUGAUGAACCUGCUGACAGCCAUUAUAUACAAUCAAUUCAGGGGCUACCUCAUGAAAUCUGUUCAGGCAUCGCUGCUUAGGAGGCGAUUAGGAAUUCGAGCAGCGUUUGAAGUCCUUACUCUCCACAGACAUCUGCACUACCAAGAUAUUACCCAAAUGAUCUCUGUUGAUUCGGAAACUGUUUUACAAGUGUUGGAAGAAGUAAAAAUGGAUGAAUAUUACAAAAUGACUAUAGCAGAGAAAGUGAAGUGCUGUGGUGAUGGUGGGAUUUCAGCUGAGUGCUUUCAAAAAUUGUUUGAUGAGCUUGAUAAGGACCCUAUUAAACAGCAUCCACCACAACCUGUGUAUCAGUGGCGAUUACUGCAAAUCUUGCAGUUGUGCGGAAGUCAUCGAUACUUUGACUACUUGGGGAAUCUUGUGUCUCUGGCUAAUCUUCUCUCAAUCUGUGUGAUCUUGAUGGUUGAUGCAGAGAAGCCAGGAACUGACCGGGAUGACUUCUCCUUAGGGGCUAUCAACGUUUGCUUCAUCCUCUAUUACCUUUUGGAAAUGGGGCUGAAGAUAUUUUCUCUGGGAUUGAAGAGCUACAUCUCUUACCCAAGCAACAUUUUUGAUGGGCUGCUCACUAUAAUUCUGCUGGUUUUAGAGAUUGCUACGUUGGCCCUGUACAGUUUCCCUCAUCCAGGCUGGAUGCCAGAAGUGCACGGUUUAUUGUCGCUAUGGGAGAUGGUGCGUCUUGUCAACAUGUUUAUCGUCUUCAGAUUUCUGCGCAUCAUCCCUAAUAUGAAGGUGAUGGCAUUAGUGGCUGGCACAGUUCUAGAUCUAGUGAAAAAUUUGCGUGCGUUUGCAGGUAUCUUGGUGGUUGUGUAUUAUGUGUUUGCUAUAAUUGGAAUAGAACUUUUCAGAGGUGUUGUGCCACGUCCAGCAAAUGCAAGUGACGCUACAGUUGGAAUUUCUGAUAAUGGAACCCUUUCAUGCGGCUCCUAUGAACAGCUAGAAUACUGGGCAAACAACUUUAAUGAUUUUGCUGCCUCACUAGUAACUUUGUGGAAUGUGAUGGUGGUAAAUAACUGGCAAGUUUUCCUGGAUGCAUUUUCAAGAUAUACAAACCCGUGGGCAAAGCUUUAUUUUGUGGCAUGGUGGUUGGUUUCCGCUGUGAUUUGGGUGAAUUUGUUUGUUGCCCUUAUACUGGAGAAUUUUAUACACAAAUGGGAUCGUAGCUGCCAGAAUUCCCUUUCAGCAGCACAGCAAGUUGAAUACCACAUGACCGUUCAGCUAAUGUUCAGAGAGGAUUUGGAAGAGCCAACAGAUGAGGAACUACUGGACAGAUUGCACCACCAUCCACACUUAAAUCUCUCCAGAUGACACUAUGUUAAUGGACUAUGAACCUCAAAUUUCCACUUUUGAGUUUCCUGGAAAAAAAAUAACCUAAAGCUGCUAUGCUGAAUAUUGUUUUAAUCUGUUUUUAGAAAUAAAAUUAAUAUAGAGAACGUUGUAGUUCUCUGCAAUACUGGAACCACCUGAAGCAGCCUUGUUUUGGGGUUUAUAUAAAUCUGUUUUUGUUUCCGUUACUUCGUGAAGCUUUAGGGACCAUUAUAUCACUUUAUAGUAGUUUAUGCAAGUCCUUUUCGUAAAGAAACCUAUUUUACACUGUUCUAUAUAAAUAUUGUUAUGCCUUUUAUCAAGCAUACAUGUAGCUUGUUCUGAACAUUCUGGUUAUCUGUCAAGAUGUUCAUAAAGCUAUCUUGUAGCUCAGGUGACUAGAGUUCAAAACUCUGAACUUUUCAAUAGACCAAUUAAAAGGGAAGUUUAGAUAUUUUCUCCAUAGUUACACAAAAACCACUAACAAUGAGAUCAUCAGAAACUUGAAGAUUAUGCUUUUGAGUGUCCUCUGAAGUGUCAUAUUUACUUUUAACCUCAUACACUUUAUUUUCCACUAUAUAUCAUGGCACUUAGUAAAAUGUAAACCAAAUUAAUUUUUUAUGCUUGGUGGUAGACAGAAUUCCCUCACCCCACAGUAAUAAUUGCUCAGUUGGCAGCAAACACAUUAAAAUAAUUUUCAUGUAUUUUUUAUUCAAUUUUUGUCUUUAUUUGUAAGAGUGCAGUUGCAUAUUUAUGGCAACAUUAAACACUAAAUACAUUUUAUAACCAUAAUAUUGAGCUUAUUCCCCACCUCCCUUUAGUAAUGGUUAUCGCCAUGUUGAAAUCUAAGCUUUCACUACAUUCCAGUGCUGAUGUGUUUUCCACAUGUGCAGUAAUUCUCCUUCAGAUAACUGCAGUGUAACCUAGGUUCCAAAAUUGGAGCGCCCAUGAUUAGAGGAAGGUGCAUGAAGUGUAUUUAGUGUACCUUUAAGCAAAGAGGUCUUUACAGAGUGUGGAAUGAGAAUAAUUUUACACAAAAGCAACGGGUUUUUAAUGUCCUUUUAAUGUACAACUGCAACUUGUAAAUGAAUGUGUGGGUAAAAGCGAUAUAACAGACCUAUAUUAAAUAUAAGCUUAUGCACAUAAUAUAAUAUAAUUGUCUUACAAACUGUUUAGCACACUAUGGGAUAUGUGGUUACAUAUAUGUUGGUGAAACUAUUAAGACUUAUGUAAGAUGACUUUAAAUAGAAAACUGUGACAAAGAGCUAUGAAAAAAAUAGACAAAUAUCUAUUUCUUACAACAAGUAACAUGCUUUGUACUGAAAACAUUAGAUUCCUCUAGGCAUGUGUAUUCAGAGGUUAUUCUUCAGAUUUAUUCUUGUGAAAGUGCAUUCAGAUUUAUUCUUGUGAAAGUGCAACACACUAAGAUCUAUGCAAAGCCACAAUUGCAUUUUUGCAAGAAAAAAUCUGACUCUGAAAAGAGCUGGCGGCCGCAUCUUUCCCUAUUGGUUAGCUGCCGAAUGACCUAAAUGCACAUCCCUAAUGAUUAUGCAGCUGAAACACACUAAUAACUUUUACUACAAGCAUUUUUGCCUUAUGAAAUUAUAUUUGGGGAAAAAUGCUUCUAUUAAAAACUAAAUGUAGCCAUGCACGUUUCAGUUUAAACCUUUCCCUUUAAGAAAGUAAUUUGUGGCAUUGACACCGGUAUCUUUUGGGAGGUAACAGGGAGUCAAUAUGUUGUUCAUUUAUUUUUGAAAGAGUUGAUACAAGUCACACUGUCUAAGUGUAGUAUUCUGGCCUGGAUACUAAGAUUCACAUUUUUUGUUUGUUUGAAAUUUUGCCUUGUAUUUCAUAUGAUUUUUAUUUUUCAAAAUGUGCCUUUAAAAAAUGUAUCAUAGCAAAUCUGAUGUCCCCCCCUCCAAAGUUUUUAUAAUAAAUUGAUAUAAUUUACUUAAAAUUAA